AUGUUUUCAUUGAGACGCCACUCCCCAUAUCACCCGGGAGCAAGUGCUCCCCCUUCGAGGCCUCCUCCUGCUUGGGAGCCAGCUCCAGAGCCCUCACAUCCAGAACCCCUCUACAAUGAUGCAACUAUAGAUUCGUUCGAACGCGCCAACACUUUCUGCCGAGAGAAUCCGGUGAAUAUGCCAAUGCAGCUGCUACCAGCAGACCUCGAGAGAAUAUCAUCAAUGGACUGUGGCGCUUGGCGUCUCGAACCCCCUCUGGGGAAGAGCUUCUGUGGCGAUAUAUACAACGAUUACAAGAGGAGCACGGGUAGGGUCGUUCGUGUGGCCACCUACAACAGAUGCGAAGACACCUGCGUUAUGAGCGACCUGCCACUGAUGGCUGGGCUUUACGACAUACGUGGUAAGGUAGGAUUCUACUACGAAGUUACCAUACGCAAGAUGAAUGGUGUGAUCGCAAUUGGGACCGCAUGCAAACCCCACCCCGAGUGGCGUUUCCCUGGAUGGGACAGGCUCAGCGCGGGCUUACACCUCGACGAUCUCCGCAAAUACUUUGAGGAUUCCCUGGGCGGCAGAGAUUACGUGUCCAACUUGACGCGCAUUCAACCCGGCGACGUGAUCGGGUGUGGCUACUACUUUGCCACAGGAGCGCUCUUCUUCACGUACAACGGCCAACGGCUGCCAGAUGCGUUUUACGGGAUCUAUAUGCCGCGCACUGCAAACGACGUCUAUGCCGCCAUUGGUGUCGAGGGCGAGAACGAGUUCGAGGUCAAUUUCGGGAGCGACUAUUUCAAGUGGGUAGAGGGGGGCGAAUGGCAGUGGAAGGUUGAAAGCACCCAGUUGGAGACGAGGUGUGGCUCUCGACCGCACAAUGAUGAUCUCAGAGUCCAUCCGAUUUGA